ACUGGGAAUAACGAAAUCAGUAUCGAGUAGAAAGCAUUUCCAACGCAUUGCACAAUUUAAGUACACUUUAUACUACGGCAUCCUCGACUGCUAGUCGAGCCUAAUUCGUCAUUACGCCAGCAAUGAGCUCAGAUUAUACGAGUAAGCUACGGUCAGCUUCUCGGAAAACGACUGUUCACACUCGGUCAAUACCAAAAUCAAAGGAACACACUUCCAACGCCUCUAAGCGUCAUAGUGAUGACGACGUUCCUACCAUACCAUCAACGCCGUCAAGACAUUCGUCCGACGAUUCAUCGAGAAUAAUAUCCAUCGACUCCGUCUUUCCUUCUACGCCACCUAGCCGUGUUCGACGAGAGAUAUACGGUGACAGAUUCAUACCGGUUCGCGAUAGGAAUCUCGCAACGGAAUUCAGCUUAAUAGGCGACCAGCGGACACCUUCAAAAGGAAAAAGAAGCAGCAAUGGUAUCGACACAUCACCUCAAAGUGAAAUUGCCAAUCGUAAAUACGAAGCUAUGCUACGAACAGAAUUACUAGGCGAGGAUUUUUCUUUGGACGAUUUGCAGACCUUUUCCGAGGAUUCCCCACGUACCCCACGAAAACUGUUUACUUAUGGACAUAGCCGAUCCAGAAAUGCAGAAGAGAUACCCGUACAGGUGGACUCACCGUACAAAGCGAAAUAUUCCACCAGUCCUAUUGGAGCUGUUGGGCAACGAAUCUUGCAAAGUCCUCAAAAGUUACCACGACAGAUAAGCAGAACGCCUGUGAAAGUCCUUGAUGCACCGGAACUACAAGAUGACUUUUACCUUAACCUGGUGGAUUGGGGCUCAACAGACGUACUUGCUGUCGGUUUAGGGAUGUGCGUAUACCUUUGGAAUGCUACGACAAGCAAAGUUACCAAACUAUGUGACCUUGGACCUGGUGAUUCAGUCACAUCCGUCAAUUGGACUCAGCGCGGAUCGCAUGUUGCUGUUGGUACCAACAAUGGUAGCGUAUUAAUAUGGGACGCCGAAAAGUGUCGAAAAUUGCGGACAAUGAAUGGCCAUACUUCUCGAGUUGGUUCGCUUGCCUGGAAUAACCAAGUGCUUACUUCAGGUGGCCGUGAUCGCGUUAUAUUUCACCGAGAUGUUCGAGUUCCAGCUCAGUACUUUCGAAAAUUGGAUGCACAUACCCAAGAAGUUUGUGGCCUAAAAUGGAACCCAGACGAAAAUAUGUUAGCUUCCGGGGGAAACGACAAUAUGCUCAUGGUUUGGGAUCAUUAUGAGAAUCGAAUUUUACACAAGUUUACCGACCAUACUGCAGCUGUUAAAGCAAUCGCCUGGAACCCUUCGGCACGUGGUGUUCUUGUUAGCGGUGGCGGUACGGCUGACAAGACCAUAAAAUUUUGGAACACUAUGACUGGAAGUCUUUUGCAUUCAUACGACACUGGCUCUCAAGUUUGCAAUAUUUUGUGGUCCAAGACGUCUAACGAAUUGGUUUCAACUCAUGGUUAUGCUCCAAAUGGAGGUACGGGCUCGAAUCAAGUGAUCGUAUGGAAAUACGACAAUAUGCAACGAAUAGCAACCUUGACGGGACAUUCUUAUCGCGUACUAUACCUUUCAAUGAGCCCUGACGGUAAAACUAUCGUUACCGGCGCAGGAGAUGAAACCCUUCGAUUCUGGGACGUAUUCCAAAGCAAUCAAAGCAGCCGCCGCUCAAGCAGGCCAGGCAUUGCAAGGAAUAGUGUACGAUAAAUUCACAUGAUAUGCUAAUAUCAUGGCUGCUUCAUGUGUCUUCCCGUUAUCAUUCUGCAUGGAACCUCUGUUUUUCCGUCUUUAGCUUUUGUCAUUAGCACUUUGUUGUUUCUCAUUCCCUUCAAAUCCCACUCAUUCAACCAUCCAUUCAUUUUUCUUCUUACUUUACAUUCUUGUAAAUUUACAUAUUUUUUUUUCCUUGGUCUUAUGGUGCCUGUCAGUUUCCUUUCACGUAACCAUUGGAUAUAAUACCUUUGUACAGUACAGCGGUUGCUCGCAAUUGCUCCUUUUUCUUUGUUUUCCCUCCAAAUUUUUUUUUUCCAUUGUGUGAGUUUCACUUCCCUUUUCA